CCGGCAUGUGGCCUUCCCAGAUCUCCGGCGGGCCAGAGACGGGCGCGGGAAACCCUGCCGCUCGUCCUGGCGCUACCCCUGCCAGAGGGUGCCCUCUGCCAGCUAGCAGGGCAAGCGCCUGGCCUCGGCGGCGGUGCCCGGGGCCAUGUCGUCUACCUGAGCCAGGUAUAAAGGCGGCCGCGGCGCCCCACCGCAGCAGACCGUCGGCAAACACUGGAGAGACGCAGCUCACCUUCACCGCACACACUCACCGACAUGAAAUACCUGGUGCUCGCCGCCCUGCUGGCCGUGGCCGCCGGCCGGCCGCAGGAGCUCAAGACGCCAGAGGACUACGGCCUCCUGCGCAGCUCGUCCGUCACCAACGAGGACGGCAGCUUCCAGUACGGCUACGAGACCUCCGACCCGUCGUCGCAGGACGUGGCCGGACAGGUGAAGCAGUUUGACGAAGAGAAGGUCGGCACCGUCCAGCAGGGCAGCUACACCUUCACCGCCCAGGACGAGAACGGCAACGACGUCCAGGUGCGCGUCGACUGGGUGGCCGACGAAAACGGCUUCCAGGCGCAGAGCGACGCGCUGCCGCAGGCGCCGGCCGACCCCAACGCCGAGGCGCAGGCCGCCGCCCUCGCCAAGUUCUCCCAGAUCGAGGCCGAGAAGAACCAGUAGACGACCCACAGACAGACAGACAAACGAUCGACAACGCCGACAUUCCAUUUCAUUUCAUUGUGAGCUGAUGUGAAACAUUGCCAACCGUGAUCAUGUGAACAGGGAUUGAUGACGCUCAAUACAUCUAAAAUUCACAAA